AUGGUGUCUUCUGCUUCGUCUUCCGCUUCACAUUCUAGCGCCGAUCAAGGUGUUCCGCCGCCGGCGUCACCGAUGGUGUCUCCGUCUGAUGAUCACCGUUGUCUUAAUUUUUCUCUCAAGAUCUUGCAAAAGCUUGACGAGAAGAACUUUCACUUGUGGUGUCAACAAGUUGAGUCGUUCAUCAAUGCUCACGGUCUCACGGCGUUUGUUGUUUGUUCUAAGAUUCCGCCUCAGUUUCUGGAUGAUGCGGCGCGAAUCUCUGGAUCUGAGAAUCCUGAAUACACGAUCUGGCUUCAGAAAGACCAGAUGCUUCUCUCGUGGCUUCAAUCCACGUUAUCGAGCGAGAUUCUCUCGCGAGUGCUAGGAUUCAUUCUUGCUUAUGAGCUUUGGGAUCGCCUGUUUCAAUACUUUCAGAAACAGACUCGUGCUCGUGCACGUCAGUUGCGUGUUGAGCUACGCGCCGUCACGCUCGAUUCCAUGACGGUUCAGGAUUAUUUACUUAAAUCAGGAUGA